CAAUCGCAUUUUGGAUUCAGGAACGGUGAGAAGAUCUAAUCAGAUCUCUCGCCUCUUCCACUCUCCUUCACCCAGACACACAUCCGCACAUUCACCUUCAUUCAUCCAUGGCGGCCUUAACAAGACACAUAGUGGUCGUGGGACUCGGGAACUACGGCCUCCCAGGAACACGCCACAACGUCGGCAUGAUGGUCCUCGACAAUUUCGCCCGGCGUUUUAAUGCUCCCUGGUCCAAAAAUGGCACCUGGCGAGCCGAGGUCGCCACCGUCACUACGACUAUUGCCAUCAAGAACCGCGAGCGGACCAUAAUGAGAGCACGCAUGCCUCCUACUAGAACACCUUCUGCAGCCACCGUGAAUACAGGUAAAAAUGCGAUCAAUACUUCUACUCCUGCGGUGGAUGAAAAUGCAGCCGGUACAGUGGACACAGCCUCGACAGAGCCAGCACCCAUUGCUAACAAGAAAGAGAAGCCAGAGAUGGUCGCCGUGGAACUCAAAUUGACCCUUCUCAAGCCCUUGCAACCAAUGAACAUCAGCGGAAGCGCUGUCUCUCGUGCAGUCGACGACUUGCGCAUCCCCAAGACUGAUGUCUUGGUGAUCCACGACGACAUGGAGCGGGACAUCGGAAAGAUCUCUUACAAGAGCGAAGGUUCCGCCAACGGCCAUAACGGCAUUAAAUCCUGUAUCAAGUACCUUCGAACCCAACACUUCAAACGUCUUCGUAUCGGCGUCGGUCGCCCGGCAUCCAAAGAUCGCUCGCCUGACUUCAUUGCGAAUUAUAUCCUCGGAAAAUUCAAGCCCUUGGAGAUUGAAAAGUUGGAGGAGCUGGUUUAUGACCAGGCGGGGGAUGAAGUCAUCAAAAUCAUGACCAGAUAUCCUGACUGGAAACCAUGGAAAAAGUGAUGGACAGAUAUCUUUGUGCACCAUUGACUGCGGAGAGCAUUGUCUAGCCAAGCUUUCGCCUACUCGCUCGUUGCUACUGCAAUGCUUCGUGUCGUUUGUGCGAUUGUGCUAUACUGACUAAAGCUGUGGCACGACAAUGACGGCGAAGCGUUGUUCAUGACUAACUAUCAGAACCAUUGCAAUGUAUAUAUUUUCUAUGCUGAAUAAACUGUU